GCAGGUUUUGCCUCCCGCUUUCACCAUCUGUUUACAAUUGAAGUCCUUCACUCCGAUACUUCUCUCAAGCCCUAGCAAUGGCGGCUCCGAUCGAAUCGGUGCAAUGUUUUGGACGUAAGAAGACGGCGGUUGCCGUCACCUACUGCAAGCGCGGCAGGGGCUUGAUUAAGAUCAAUGGCUGCCCAAUCGAGCUUGUUGAGCCAGAGAUCUUGCGCUUCAAGGCCUACGAGCCCAUCCUCCUCCUUGGACGUCACCGUUUCUCUGGUGUUGAUAUGCGCAUCAGAGUGAAGGGUGGAGGUCACACCUCCCAGAUCUAUGCCAUCCGUCAGAGUAUUGCCAAGGCUCUUGUUGCCUUCUACCAGAAAUACGUGGAUGAGCAAAGCAAGAAGGAGAUUAAAGAUAUUCUGGUCAGGUAUGACAGGACUUUGCUUGUUGCUGAUCCUAGGCGCUGUGAGCCCAAGAAGUUUGGUGGUCGUGGUGCUCGUGCUAGGUUUCAGAAGUCAUACCGUUGAUCGAAGAGUACUAGGGAACUAUUGCGGAGACUUGUUAGUCGGUAAUGAUAAUUUGUUUUGGUUUUUGAGUUUACAUAGCUUUGAAGACUUUAAAAUUAUGGUUCUGUUUAUGCUUUAGUAUAAGUAUUUGGAAUUUGAAGACUUGAGUUUUCGUUGAUAUCGCGAUAAUUGCACAACCAAAAUGUUUUUUGAAACAUCUUGAUUUUCUGUUUGUGUUAGAUUAUUGUGCGUGCAAAAUGGACCACAGUUAUCUUAUGUGACAGAUUUUUGUUGUUGAUGAUGAUCAUUUACCUAUUGAGCUUUUUGUUA